GAUGAGAUAACCGCCCCAGAUAUAGCAUGUGGAGCCGCUGUCGUGUAAGCGACGAAUGCAGACGGGGACCUCGUCUGAAACCCUGCGCUACCCUCUGUGCGAGCCACACGGUCUUGCGUUCAGGUUAAGUGUUACGACGGCGGAAAAGCCUUUGAAUGCGGGAGUCAUGCCACGCAACCAUUACCACACAGUGGAAGGUUUAUUCGUCCCGAAGUUUUUCACCGUAGAAAGCGUUCGCCAAGCCCUCAGGUACAAGCCUCGUCCGGACGACGUCUUCAUAGUGUCCUACCCAAAGUGCGGAACAACAUGGACGCAGCACAUCGUGUACCAUAUCUUCAGCAACGGUACUCUACCAGAAGAUCCCGAGGAGUUUGCAUCCAAAACGCCGUUUCUGGAGCUCAUGGGAGAAGAAGCGGUUGAACACCUUUCCCGUCCGGCUGCGAUUAAAACGCACCUACCCUUUCACAAGCAUCAGUAUUCCGCCGAAGCCAAGUACAUCUACGUCACCAGGAAUCCCUAUGACUGCUGUGUCUCAUUCUUUCAUCAUGUGCGAAUGGUGGCUUCUGACGCCGAAGAUUAUACUUUUGAAGAGUUCUUCGAAGAAUUCCGCAAAGGCCAGGUCUCAUUUGGCUCCUAUUUCGAUCACCUCUUGUCCUGGUAUCCUCGCAGAAACGACCCUAAUGUUUUGCUCUUAACGUACGAAUCCCUUAAAAAGGACAUCAGGACAUCCAUAAUAAAAAUCGCCAAUUUUCUCGGAGAUGAAUACAGAGACAAACUGUGUCAAGAUCCUCCUUUGCUCGAAAGAAUUGUUGACCUAACAUCGUUUGAAAGCAUGCAAAGGGUUGUCAACCCUGAAAUGCGGAAAUUGCACGAAAAAUUCAACGGCGCUUGCAACGAAAUGUUGCCGUUGUGGGCACAGCGGAUGGUCCAGGAUUGCGGGGAUAUGUUCAGUAAGCCGAUGCGAGGAGAUUUUGUGCGUGCAGGCAAAGUGGGAGAGUGGAAGAGUUAUUUUACACCUUUACAAGUGAAAAGAAUGAAGGAAUGGAUCGAGGAGAACACUGCUGAAAGUGACGUCAUGGAUCUCCGGAAGUCUGACGACUCGGAGAAAUCUGUUUUUUUCUGUGGAUAAUGAUUACACUGCGACGGUUGCUGUGAGAAUACAUAAUCGUUACGUAUUGGAAAAAUCUAGGGCUCGUUGCUCGUGGGGCACGCAGCGUUUCCAAACGAGUGUUAUAUAAUAUUGGAAAUUUUCAUGUUAAACAUGGAGUGAGAACGGCAUUCUUUCUUGAAAGAGAUGUCUGUCUGUGUAAGAAUAAUAAGACAAUGUGUUUACAGUCUGCA